GUCCGCUUAUCACAGCGAUGGAGUGGCCCACCGUCCUACUGUUGGUGGUGACGGAAAAGUGGCCGAGAUACGAGAGGGGAAGCUAUCGGAGCGCCGGGAGAUUGCGCAACUGCGUGAUAAGAUAACCCCAUCCAUGGAAGCGCCUCUGUCAAUGUGUCAGUCUCCAGCUUCCCCUCAUUCUUAUCCUCCGACUUCCUCUCUCCUUCGUCCUUCAGUCGCUUCAGUCGAAGAUGCCUAAGUUCCAGCUUCUCCCUCUUGCCGCCGGGCUGCUGGUCCCGUCCAUUGCAGCCCUCAGCAUUCCUUCCCCGCAGCAGAUCAUCAAUUCCUUGACCCACGGGGAAACCAGCGACUUCUGCCCGCUGGCACACAAGGUUGACGUGCCCGACGAUGGACUCUUUCCCGCCCUCAGAUUUGUAGAGGAUGACGAGAUCAAGUCGAGGCAGAUCAACCGUCUGUCCCGGGCUGUCCAGGUCCCCACCACGAUCGAUGACUACAUGAGAGAUCCCUAUGACGAGAAGUUCGCCCGCUUCGCCGACUUCCAGGACCUUCUGCAGACCCUGUUCCCGAUCACUCACUCGUACGCCCGUGUCGAUCAUAUCAACCGCUUCGGUCUGGUCUUCACCCUCAAUGGCACGGAUGACUCGCUCAAGCCUAUCCUCUUCACCGCGCACCAAGACGUCGUCCCCAUAAACGACCCCUCCGACUGGACCUACCCUCCCUUCGACGGCCACUAUGACGGCGAAUGGCUCUGGGGCCGCGGGUCCAGCGACUGCAAGAACGUCCUGAUCGGUCUUCUUUCUGUCGCGGAGGAUCUCCUCUCGCAGGACUGGAACCCCACCCGCACCGUCGUCUUCGCCUUCGGCUUCGACGAAGAGUCCCACGGCUUCCUCGGCGCCGGAUCCAUCGACACAUUCCUGGAGAAGAAAUACGGCCCCGACAGCUUCGAGUUCGUCCUCGACGAAGGUGGCAUGGGCCUCGAGACCCUUGACGACGACAGCGACGACGACCAGGGCGUCGUGUACGCCCUCCCCGGCGUCGGCGAAAAGGGCAGCCUCGACGUGGUACUCACCCUCGCCGUCUCAGGCGGCCACAGCUCCGUGCCUCCCCCGCACACCGGCAUCGGCAUCCUGUCCGAGAUCAUCUACGAGCUCGAGCGCCAGGACCUCUUCGUCCCCGUGCUGGACUCCAACCACCCCACCCGCAAGAUGCUCGAAUGCCAGGUCCGCCACUCCCCCUCGCAAGUCGAGCCGUGGCUCGCCUCCGCCCUGCAGUCCUCCGACUACGUCUCCCUCGCGGAGAAACUGGCCUCCUCGCGCGGCGAGAAAUUCCGCUUCAUUCUCCAAACCUCCCAAGCGGCAGACAUCAUCUCCGGCGGCAUCAAGUCCAACGCCCUGCCCGAGAAGAUCAAAGCCGUGGUCAACUACCGCGUCGCGCUGCACCAGACCCCCGACGUUGUCAAGAACCGCGCCGUCAAGAUCAUCUCCCCCAUCCUUGAGAAAUACAACAUCUCCCUCACCGCAUUCCCGGACAGCGACGAGGUCGACCCCUCCCUCAACCACCACCUCACCCUCACCACCCUCAGCGGAUCUCUCAGCCCCGCCCCCGUCAGCCCCACCGACAUCGAGACGAACGCCGUCUGGGCGCGCUUCUCUGGCGUUACGCGUUCCGUCUUCGAGUCCGUCCCCAGUCUGUCUGGCAAGACCGUUGUUGUGAGCGGCGACAUCAUGACCGGUAAUACCGAUACGCGGUUCUACUGGAACCUGUCCCGGAAUAUUUACCGCUGGAGUCCGUCGCGCGCUGGCCGGGUGCUGAAUAUUCAUACUGUUGAUGAGAAAAUCGACCCCAAUGUGCAUUUGGAGGCGAUGGCGUUGUAUUAUGACCUCAUCCGCUCCUUCGACACCUGGGAAGGAGAAGACUCAACCUCAGCUUUCAACUCAGACCCCACCGAACCCGCCCACGACAUGCUGUGAGCUUGCUACUCGCCAUCUCAUGGCUCAAUGGACUCGCCCAUCCGCCUAUCUGUUCGAGAAAAGGUGAUCUUACUUAAAUUGGGAAACCCCGAUCUGCAAUAUUUACUGAAAUUGGGAAGGAUUGAUGUGGAAUUUCUACUGGAAAUCUUGGCUCGCUGGAUUAUUUGGUUAUUUAUUCUUGAUUGAUUGGUGGGAUGAUUGGUUGGUGGGUUGAUUGGUUGAUUGGUUGAUUGGUUGGUGGGCUGAUUGGUUGAUUGGCUGAUUGGUUGGUGGGCUGAUUGGUUGAUUGGCUGAUUGGUUGAUUGGUUACAUGCGCCAAAAGUUCAUUUUAUUCUGUCGGCAGAAUGGAUACGCGCUC